AUGAUCGACACUGUCAGGAGGGAUUUAACAAACGAUAUCGUUACCAAUGUUGGUAAGCGGAUGGGCUUCGCGGACUCCACAGCGGGAGGCACCUCAACCAUUAUUGACAUCAAAACAAACCUCGGCCCGUCCGUGGCUACCCUCUCUCUUGACGAACUACGAAAGACGGUUGACCUUCAAUAUGGGGCUGGGCAGGGUUCUCGGAAACCUCACAUGGACCCGAGUUUUAAUCGUCGGUGCGUUCCCUAUUUUCCCAGUGAGAUCAGCGCAGAGGCUGAGAGUGAUGAUUCCGCCACUGGUGGGGUGGAGAUUUGA